AUGGCUGUUAGACCUCCUUAUCUAUAUGAUGCUAUCAAGACAGAAGGGCCUAGAAGCCCGUACAAAGAGUUCGAUCCCAAAGCAGUAACUCGCGCAAGCCAGACUCCGAGAGCACCACGGCGCAAACAAGAAGGUCCUUUGGUAUCUUUCAAUCAACACCCAGAUUCUUAUUUAAUUUUGCCAUUGCAAAACACAUCUGGGAAGUACAUGAAUCCCAAGGUCAAGGUGUGGGUCAAGUGGACGAGGAUCAUCCAGCUGGUUCUGAGAUGUCUUCAAGUACUAUGUGCCGGUGGUCUUUUGGCUUUCAUGAUCAUCAUCCGAGGCCUGGAUGAUACCACAACUUGGAUUCUCCGUAUUGUCCCGGGUGUCGCUCUUCUCCAUGCAGUUUACGGCAUCUACCACUUGUCGCGAAAAGCUUCAGGAAGAACGCCGGCGUCUUCCGCAGGCUACAUGUUAUUUGCCUCAUUCUUUGAUGUCGCUAUCCUUCCAUUCUAUGGAUAUAGUUCGUGGCUGGGUUGGGAUCACCAAAUGCCAGAAAGACUCGACUCAUGGUUUGUUGUUGUCAAUGACCCCAGUAAACUGACCGCCGAAUUUGCCCGGAUUGUGUUUUUACUGGCAACUAUUGGUGGAGGAUUACACCUCAUAUCACUCAUUAUUGGGUUGUACCUAGCAGUAACUUUCCGCAAGAUCACCAAUCUACCACCAGAUAUGAAUCCUUUGGAAGACAACCUGACUUCCCGUCACAAGCGAAACAAGUCGUCGAUUUCAACAAUGACAACUGAAUCGACAGCUGAGAAACGUCUAUCCACCCCUCUAGAAAGCAAGAGAAGUUCGGGGGCAGUUUACGAAGAUCUUUCACGCCCGCCAACCAUACCGUUCUUCCACACCCGUACCAACUCUAACGAUUCUUUGCCAUCUUAUAAGUCAGAUCCACAAGACUCAAGAAUUGACUUACCAAGCCGCCAGUACCAGCUCCGUAACUCAAACGGAUCUUCCAUCAUCCUUGACAACCCUAUCAAUCGUCGCUCGUAUGCUCAAAGCACGUCUCCAAAAAGAAAGUCUUACCAAGAGGUGCCGUUAUCAGAUGCCGCUUCUCAUCGCAGCUCUCGUCAAAACGAAAAUGCGUCUCAAGGCUGGUAUGCUUCUGACUCACUCAACAAAAACCGCAACCGUAGUCGAUCACCUCAAAAAGGAACGUAUGAGCCCGUCACCCAAGCCUACGACACCGAGGAUACAGAAGAUAUAGGACAUAGAGGCCGUCACACCCGACAAGAUUCUGCAUCUUCAUCUCGUCAUCCCCACGCCAGCCCACUGAAAUCCAACCCCCAAACGCCCCGAAAACACAGAUUUAAUACCAACUCCGAACCACCGCUAUCAAACAUCUCAAAGAUGUCCUCAAACCAGGAUGUCGAUAUCGCAGACAUGUCAUCUCAGCGAUCUCCCUCACCAGAACCCGAACUCAGAGAUAACUUCAAAGCUCGAUUCUAUGGUGAUCUUAAACCUGCUACACCUCCUAUUUUGGUCGGUGCGGGUGGGACCAACAGACAAGUUUCUUCUGGAAAUGAUUUCUUGAAUCAGAAGGGGAGGUUUAAGAAGAGAGAUGCUAGUGGGAAGAUUGCUGAGGAGGGGUUUGCUGGGAGUCAGGGUGGGUGGGGGACGAGGUUUAGAAAAGUGAGCGGGAUCUAG